AAAUAUGACUCAAGAAUUUCUACUCAUCUUUAUAAUAUCCAGCUCACAUGCUUUCACGUUAAGCAGUGAAGAGAAACUAGCGCGGCAUUGGGUUCAGCCACCACAGUUUAACAAUCAAUCAAUCAAGCAUCUUAUUAAUCACAAUCUUUUCAAGAACUUUUUAAAGAUAGACGGAGGAACUGAAGAUUUAUCACAUGAAAUAUCAGCUGUUCUGUCCCAAUUGGAAAUCAAUUGUGAGGAUAGUACAACGUAUAGAGGACUAAAUGUACAACUAAGCUGUCCUGCGGACCGAAAUAUACUGUACAACUGCUAUUGUCUGAAGAAAAACAAACAAGGACGGACUAUAUAUAAAACAACAGGAGAAACCACAUUUGAUGAAUGUCAUUGCGGACAAGUAGGAAAAAAUGUUGUCACAAGAAUAACCUGCUGUAAGAACGUAGAUGGAUUUCAAACAAAGGUAGUUCCACAAUUGCAGGCUGAACUGGUGUACUGUACGGCAACCCACCCUGUACAAACAACUAAGCGGUCUUUAAAGUCAACUGUACGCUGCGGAAAUAACAGCAUCCUGACCCGAUGCUUCUGCAUCUUUCCGUACGGGAUGCGCCAGCUCGGAGUUAUUGAGGGGUCAACCUGUACCUGUCCAGACAGGCGAACUAAACUAAGCCGAGCAGUGUGCUGUGGGUUGAGUCCAGACAAAUAAACAAUGUACAUUGUGUACAAGAUACAGUGGGACUCAUAAAACUGUGGAAUAAGGACUGUCUUGAUUCAUUAACAUUUAUUACAGAUUUUCUAAAUAUCGUCUUCCACAAUUUGUGGGUUCCACUGUACACUUCAUGCUGUGAAAAGUAUUCUCUCUAAAUAAACAGUUAUAUUAUU